AAUUUAUAUUUUAAUUAAAAAAUAAAAUUACAUUUUACCCUCAUCUCUCAAUCCCUCUUCUUCCCCUUCUUUCUUUCUCUUUCUUUCUUUCUUGCCCAAAUCGGUUGGGUUCCGAUGAGCUGGGUAGCUGGGUUUGACGAAACCCAGAUCUGUUGGGUUCUGUCGAACCCAGCUUUGCUGGUCACCCGAACCCAGCCUUGUUGGUCGCGUGAACCCAGCCUUGUUGGUCGCGUGAACCCAGCCUUGCUGGUCGCGCAAACCCAGCCUUGCUGGGUUGGUCGAAACCCAGCUGCUAGGUUCACACAACUAGCAAGGUUGGGUUUCGACCAACCCAUGCUCGACGAAACCAGCAAGGCCGCGACUUGCUUUUCUUCUUUUUCUCCCCGACAAGCCCCCCAUAGCCACCGACGCACUCCUCUUGAGAAAGUUGGCAAAGCUUGAUGGAUUUACCUUCUUUUCUUGUUGAAAGCCGAACUUAGACUUGGAAAUCCCCCUUUCCUACAGAAAAUUCCAGAUCUGCUGGGUGUCUCUUCCUCCCCUGUCCGUCGGUUUCUGCUGGGUGUGAAUCCUUCGGCUUUUUCUGUUUCCGUGAGUUUCCUGGCAGAUCCCGUCGGCUCUCCACCUGCCAGCUCCGGUUGUGGUUGCCGGAAUUUUCUGGUUUGAGACAGCUUUUAAAGCUGAACUUUAAACCAUUUAAUUGUUGCCUGUGCUGUUGAAUUUUCCUAUUGCAAUAUGGAAGAACCCGUUAGUUGCUACCCCUUUUUUGCUGUCCGAAAUUGCUGUUGUACAGGGGAACAUCCGGCAGCAUUUUAAGUGUGUUUUGUUGCUUAAUUCAUGUAGAAUUAGCUUAAUUUGGCUGCUGUGAAUUUUAUAGAGAAAAUCCCGUGUGUUUAAGCCACUGUUUUGCCAAGAUAAAUUUUGAAUAAAAAGUCCUGUUGCUCGGUUUUUUCCAUUUCCUUUGUCCGUGGGAGUGGGAAAAUUAUGUAUAGGAAUCUCGUGUUCCAAUUGGGAGGGAACAAUGAGGCUUUGGUUUGGUUCAUGGAUGGUUAUAGAUGUGUGGGUGUAAUGUGAACAGGAAGGAAGCAGCGGCAAUUAGUGUGUUGAUAAUGGUGGUGGUGGUUUUGCGGAUUUAUUAUGUGUGAGGUGUUGAUAAGCAUAAGUUGAACAUGAGUUUUCUAUCUUAUGCGAGUGAGGAAGCGAAACCGAGGACAGGAAAAACGAGGGGUGUGACGCGUUAGAAGGCUAGCCAUCUUGUACAUUGAACAUAGAUUUUAGGUAUAGAUCAUGAUCUUGUAAAUUAGAUUUUAAUUGGAGAUCUUAUAAAUUAAUUUAAUGGAU